AUGAGCACAACCACUACUACUGAUGUUCCAGUCAUAAAGAAACGCAGUCGCCCUCAGCCGCGGGUGCGUCAGUUAUCAAUUGAAAUGGAGGAAGAGGAGGUGACUGUAAUAGAGACCGAAGAGGCUAAACUUGCUCUGGCUGAACUGAUCGAGCUGCGAAAGCUUCGAAAGGCUCGCGAAGGUAUUGAUGUUGCCAAACUGAAUAAAGGUGACUUGAAGAAAAAGAAAAAGCGGCCUCGCGACGAAGGAGAGCAGGGUGGUUUGAGGAAGGGAGGUGGUCACGACGAUGAAGAUGAAGAAGAGGAUACGGAAGCACGCACACGAAGAGUCAUUCGUUCAAAUAACUUUACCCAACAGACAAACACCCUAGAUGUCGACAAACAUAUGAUGGCGUAUAUUGAGGAAAACCUCAAAAUACGAAGUAAACCACGAGAAGAGUCGGACGACGAAGAUAAACGACCAAUAGAUCCACAAGAAGCACUGUACAACAUUGCUGAUCGAUGGAAAGUUGAGAAGCAAAAGCCCACGACGGACGUUGGUAGUGUGACGAACAGUUUGACGAUGCUUACUGCUAUACCAGAAGUCGACUUGGGCAUGGAUGCUCGACUGAAGAAUAUUGAGGAUACAGAGAAAGCGAAGAGGGUGGUGGCAGAGGAACGUCAAGACCGUAAGAAAGUGAAUAAAGACGAGGAACAUCUCAUUUCUUCUCGCUUCUACCGGCCCAACGCACGAGCAAAAUCCGAUGCUGACAUUCUCAGGGAUGCUAAAUUGGAGGCUAUGGGUAUGCCUCCCCAGGAUGACUCACCUCGGCGGUCCAACAACGACAGGGCACAAAUGGCCACCGAUGAACUUGUAAUGGAACGCUUCAAGAAAAGAAUGCGAAAAUAA